AUGCCCUACGUCGCUCCAGGUGCACCUCCUACCUCUAGUAUCCCAAAACCUGUCGUUGCUCUUGACGAAACCAGCACAGACGCUCCAUCAGCUUCUCCUCCAUCGUCAUCGACAGCAUCAGCAUCAGCACACGACCUUCCCACUCCCACUGCAGACGCGCCCGCAUCCUCAUCUACACCAUCAGCCAUGAUCCCCCCAUCUACCUCUGACGCCCUCGCGCACUCCCUCUCCACUCUCGACAUCGACCCCAACGAGCCCCCUACAUCCUCCGCCUCCACCCUCCCCUCUUCCUCCCCCGUCGAUCUGAACGCGCUCGAUGCGCUCGACGGCCUGACCGAGGCAGACGACUCUCGGCGCGGCUCGACGCAAACCACCUCCUCCCUUCCCGCCCUCGAAUCGGAUCCUAAUUCCGCCUCGUCGUCCUCGCUAGAAUCGCUGGUCGAUUCGGUGUCGGCGCAGGUAUCGAGUCCGGCUACUACUACGGGGCUGACGAGUCCGAUGGUCUCUGGAGUGGAGGGGGACAGGGAGGAUGGGAUUGCGAGGUAUAGGGAGGGAUUGUAUGCUUAUACGCGUGAACUAUACCUCGAGGCUAAACUUUCCGUAUCAAAGGAGGAAAAGCGCAAGAGCAACCCGGUCAACACCUUCGCACCCAAGCAAUCAGGCAUGGAACGUCUGGCCGCAAAGAAGGCUCUCGCCAAGCGUCUCAACGCCUAG